AUGAAGAGCCCAGGCUAUGUCAAAGACAUCCAGAGAUUGGCAAAAAGGCUCACCGCGCUGUCUCGCUUCCUCGGAGCGUCGGCGGCAAAAGCUCUACCCUUUUUCAAUCUGAUGAGAAAAGGGAUAGCGUUUGAAUGGACCCCUGCGUGCGAGGAGGCAUUCAAUCACUUCAAAGAGAUCCUGGCAGCACCCCCGUGCUCGAGAAGCCCAAGAGCACUACAAGGAGCAGAACCACGGUACAACAAGCUGGAGAAGCUAGCACUGGCACUCUUGACCUCUUCCUGUAGAAUAAGGCAGUACUUCCAAGGCCACCAGAUCGUCGUGAGGACGGACCAGGGAAUCCGUCAAGUACUCCAAAAACCCGAUCUAGCGGGAAAAAUGAUGACUUGGGCCAUUGAACUCUCCCAGUACGACUUGCGGUAUGAACCCCGACAUGCGAUUAAGGCACAAGCAAUGGCCGACUUCUUGGUAGAAGUAACGGGGGACCCAACCGAGGAAACGGGCAUACGGUGGAGGCUCCACGUAGACGGGGCCUCCAUCCAAAAGUCCAGAGGAGCCGGGAUCAUCUUGGAAAGCCCUGCUAGGGUUAUAUACGAGCAAUUGAUCAAGUUUGAGUUCCCAGUAUCAAACAACCAAGCGGAAUAUAAAGCCCUUUUGGGAGGCCUGGCCCUAGCUCAGAAAGUCGGGGCGACGAGGCUGGAGGUGUGUAACGACUCACAGGUCGUCACUUUGCAAGUAAAUGGAAGCUACCAAGCUAGAGACUCGCUUUUGCAAAAGUACUUGGAGAAGGUUAGGGAGUUGAGCAAGCAGUUCGAGGAGGUCAUGAUCCAACAUGUCCCAAUGGAAAAGAACACACAGGCAGACCUCCUAUCUAAGCUAGCAAGUACGAAACCGGGAGUCGACAACCGAUCUCUCACCCAAGGCAUGGUAAAGGAACCAGCGGUCGCCCUCCACUUGACAAAGUUAGGCCCCUCUUGGUUGGACCCAGUCACCGAUUUUCUGGAAAAUGGCAAACUCCCAGACGACGAGAAAGCAGCUAAAGCGUUGAUAAGGGAGGCAGCCAAAUAUGUGACCAUACAGGGACAACUGUUCAAGAAAGGACUUAGCCAACUCCUGUUGAAAUGCCUGCACCUCGAGCAGACGGAUUACGUACUCAGGGAAGUCCACGAAGGGUGUUGCGACCACCACAUCAGAGGCAAAGUCCUAGCAAGAAAGCUCAUCCGAGCUGGAUACUACUGGCCAUCGAUGAUGGUAGAUUCCAAAGAAUUUGUGAAGAAAUGCGUCAAGUGUCAGGAGAACGCCAACUUCCACAGAACACCCGCUUCCGAGCUAAGCCUACUGACGUCCUCCUGA